AUGGGUCGUCGGAAGGCACCUUGCUACUGCCCGAAGCUGGAGACGGUUUCAUGGCGGGAUUGUUCAGGCGAGAAAGUGGUUACGACGGAGAAAUUGACUACGCAGGACUUGUUGAAGAGCAAGGAGACGGAGUUUGCUGUUGCUGAUGUUACUAUCACGACUGCGUUUGAACAAAAGUUUCAGAUCCCGCGGGUGUGGUGGACGACGUUGGCGAGGCGAUCGAAUGGGUAUUUUGGGCAUCAGGAUGUGCUUGAUUCAGAUGGCACCCGGACGGGUACUAUCUCGUGGGUGAGGUUCAUGGUCAAGCGAGUCAGCAAGAUUCUCGACGCCCGCGACGACGAGACCCUUACAUACCACUGGGUCAAGCUCAACGCCGUGACGAGAUGGUACGCCUCAAAUAACCGCACCGACAUCGUCCUCUUCGACCAUCCCCAGUUUGCGCUGCAAAACAGGGAAACCAUCUUACGAAACAUCAACCCCCGCGAGCUGGGCGAUCCGUUCUGGGUGUAUCCCAGCAUGGUGGAAGAAAUCGCCCAGCUGCACGACGUGACCAUCUGGGAGACUCGCAACCUGCUCCGGGACUUUGAGCUGCGGCGCGCCUUUUACCGCUUCAGCUACAUGUACCUGCACGAGAUCCCGCGGCACAUGACGCACGUCAACGAGAUGGUCUACGUGACGGAGAGCAUCCUAACCAGCAUCCAGAAGCACCACAACCAAUUCCUGGCAACAGACAAAGUCGACACACCAAAAUUGUUCUUCCUCAACAUCCAGAACCGGCUCGACUCGCUGCAUAACCUGGUGACGAACCUGCGGCAUCGCGCCGAGUCCAACAACACGCGCAUCCAGAACGAGAUGGCGCUCACGUACAGUGACGCGGCGCGCAUCGAUUCCUCGGCGAUGCGGGCGAUUUCGCUGGUUGGGCUGCUGUUCUUGCCGGCGGCGUUUGUGGCGGCGAUAUUUAGCACUUCGUUUUUCAAUUUUGAUGCGCCGACGGGAAUAUGGAAGCUUUCGAGCCAUUUCUGGCUAUAUUGGGUGGUGGUGGUGCCGUUGACUGCUGUGACGAUUGUGUCGUGGUUUUUUGGGGCGAGGAUUAUGGAUAGGAUAAUGCCGCAGUGGAGGAGGUGGAUUGAAUGA